AUGACGAUUGGGGCGGGUAUAAGUGUGGCGGACGGGAAGCUGAAUGUGUUGGGAAACUGCAUUCUGACUGAUGUUUGUGACAAUGUAGUUGUGACUCCAGCAACUGGGGAAGCCAUGGCUACUGGCGCUUUCAUUGGUGUUCAAUCAGAUAUCAAGGGUAGCCGCACGGUGUUUCCUAUUGGAAAACUCGAGGGACGACGUUUUAUGUGUGUUUUCCGGUUCAAAAUGUGGUGGAUGACUCAGAGAAUGGGUACCUGUGGACAAGAAGUACCCUACGAGACCCAAUUCUUGAUUAUUGAGGCUCAGGAGGGUUCCAAUUUUGGUGAAGGCAACAAAGGGGGUGAUGGUCAGUCUGCCAUGUAUGUUGUUUUAUUGCCUAUCUUAGAAGGCGAUUUCAGGGCUGUUCUUCAGGGGAACUCUAACAAUCAGUUGGAGAUUUGCUUAGAGAGUGGUGAUCCUGAUGUGCAGGAAUUUGAUGGUAGCCAUUUGAUGUUGUUAGCUGCUGGUUCAGACCCAUUUGAUGUCAUCACAAACGCAGUCAAGACUGUGGAGGGACACCUUCAGACAUUCUGUCACCGCGAUAGAAAGAAGAUGCCAGACAUUUUAAAUUGGUUUGGUUGGUGCACAUGGGAUGCCUUCUACACUGAAGUAACCUCAGAAGGAGUCAAGCAAGGAUUGCAGAGUUUGGAGGAAGGAGGUAUUCCUCCGAAGUUCAUAAUUAUUGAUGACGGAUGGCAAUCUGUUGGGAUGGAUCUCACUAGUGUUAAAUUCAAUGCAGAUAACUCAGCCAAUUUUGCAAAUAGGCUAACUAAUAUCAAAGAGAACUAUAAGUUCCAGAAGGAUGGCAAGGAAGGUUUUAGAGUGGAGGAUUCUGCCCUGGGACUUCGUCACAUUGUCACUGAAAUUAAGGAUAAACACCGUUUGAAGUAUGCUUAUGUUUGGCAUGCUAUUACGGGUUACUGGGGAGGAGUAAGACCUGGUGUCUCCGAAAUGGAUCAUUAUGAAUCGAAGAUGACAUAUCCAGUGUCUUCUCCAGGGGUUCAGUCAAAUGAACCUUGUGAUGCAUUAAACAGUAUUACCAAGAAUGGACUGGGUCUUGUGAACCCUGAGAAAGUGUUUUACUUUUACAAUGAACUGCAUUCUUACCUCGCUUCUGCUGGCAUUGAUGGAGUUAAAGUUGAUGUUCAGAACAUUCUAGAAACUCUAGGAGCUGGCCAUGGUGGAAGAAUUCGACUUGCCAGGAAAUACCAUCAAGCGUUGGAGGCGUCCAUCUCUCGGAAUUUCCCUGAUAAUGGAAUUAUUUCUUGUAUGAGCCACAACACUGAUGGAUUGUACAGUGCCAAGAGAUCUGCUGUUAUAAGAGCAUCCGAUGAUUUUUGGCCAAGAGAUCCGGCAUCCCACACGAUUCACAUUGCUUCAGUUGCUUAUAAUACCAUUUUCCUUGGCGAGUUCAUGCAACCAGACUGGGAUAUGUUCCAUAGCUUGCACCCAAUGGCGGAAUAUCAUGCAGCCGCACGCGCUGUUGGUGGCUGUCCUAUUUAUGUCAGUGACAAGCCUGGGCAGCAUGACUUCAACCUACUGAAGAAGCUCGUGCUUCCAGAUGGUUCAAUCCUGAGGGCCAAACUUCCAGGACGGCCAACAAGGGAUUGCUUGUUCUCUGACCCUGCUAGAGAUGGUAAAAGUUUAUUAAAGAUAUGGAAUCUGAAUGAUUUCAAUGGUGUCGUCGGGGUCUUCAACUGCCAAGGAGCUGGAUGGUGUCGAGUUGGAAAGAAGAAUCUCAUCCACAACGAACAGCCUGGGACAAUAACUGGCACCAUUCGGGCUACUGAUGUCAACUAUUUGCCAAGAGUUGCUCAUGAUCAAUGGACAGGCAACGCUGCAGUUUAUUCUCAUGUCCGAGGUGAUUUGGUACAUCUUCCCAGUAAUGCUUCUCUUCCGGUAACACUAAAAGCACGGGAAUUUGAAGUGUAUACAAUUGCGCCAGUCAUAGAACUGGCAAACGGUUCUGCAUUUGCCGCCAUAGGUCUUAUCAAGAUGUUCAAUUCAGGAGGAGCUGUUAAAGAACUGCAUUAUGAACUGGAAAACUUCGGAACCGUUUCCAUGAAAGUUCGCGGUUGUGGGACGUUCGGAGCCUAUGCAUCAGUUAGGCCAAAAAGAGUGGCAGUGGAUGACGAAGAAGUUGCAUUGAAGUAUGAAGAAGGCACUGGGUUCUUAGCCCUGGAGUUGAGAGUCCCAGAUGAAGAGUUGUACCUGUGGAAUAUUAGUAUUGAAUUAUGA